AUGGUGGACGACCGGCCGAUCCAAGCUUCGGCGACAACGGAUGCUACCGACGCCAUAACGCCAGCGGCACAGUCGGCUGCGCGCGCUCCGGUUGUCAGCUCGAAAGCAGACAGAGCAGCUCAGUUUAUCGCCGAGCAUGGCGAGGUCACUUUCACGUACGAGGAGGAGCGCAAAGUCCUACGCCGUAUUGACUUGCGGAUCCUCCCCUUGAUCCUCGGCGCCUACUUCUUCCAGCAGCUGGACAAGUCCUCGCUCUCGUACGUUUCGAUCUUCGGCAUCAUGGAAGACGCCCAUCUGAAGUCCAUCGAGUAUUCCUGGCUUGGGUCCGUCCUGUACCUCGCGCAGCUCAUCUUCCAACCCCUUGCGGCUUUUCUGCUGGUGAAGCUUCCCACUGGAAAGGUUGUCGGUACGGCGGUUGUCUGUUGGGGCGCAUGUGCGGCGAUUAUGGCGGCAUGCACCAAUUUCGGCUCGCUCCUCGCCAUGCGUUUCCUCCUCGGCUCGUUCGAAGCUAUGAUCGCUCCGUCGUGCUUAGCCGUCACGCAGAUGUGGUGGAGGCGAUCCGAGCAGACGCUCCGAGCUUCGUACUGGAACGCGAUGAACGGCGUCACGUUCAUCGUUGGCAGUUUGGUAACGUAUGGUCUCGGCCAUGUCGUCAGCACCAAGAUCUAUCGCUACCAAAGUAUUUUUAUCUUCUGUGGUGUUCUCACCGUCCUUUUUGGAAUCUCCUUCCUUGUGUUCAUGCCGGACUCGCCUAUGGAGGCCAAGUACCUGAGUGAGCGCGAGCGUAGUAUUGCUGUUGAGCGGCUGCGCGCUAAUCAGAUGGGCGUCGCGAGUCGGCAGUGGAAGUGGGAUCAUGUUAUCGAGACGUUCACAGACUUGAAGACUCUAUUGUGGUUCAUUCUCAUCGUCGCCAUCUCAAUUGCCAGUGGUGGAAUUAGUACCUUUGGAAAUCUUAUCCUCAAGGACUUCGGCUUUACUAACUUCGACGCGAUCCUCUUUAGCAUGCCGACGGGAGCUAUUCAAGUUGCUAUCAUCAUCGGAUCGGCCUGGGUUGCUACCAGGAUUAGUCGCAAGGGGGUUGUGAUCACGGGGAUUAGUUGUCUCCCGACGAUUGGAUCAAUCCUCAUGUUGACGGUGCCCCGAAACGGGAAGAACAAAGGAGUUCUCCUGCUGGGCUAUUAUCUCGUCCAGUGCUUAGGGGCCAUUACCCCUAUGGUCUAUGCCUGGUCGGCUCAGAAUACAGGGGGAGACACCAAAAAGAAGACUAGUUCGGCAAUGAUGUUCAUGGGAAUGUGCACAGGGAAUGUUAUUGGACCCCUUUUGUACAACACAAAGGAUGCCCCCUUGUACCGCCCCGGUCUUAUCGCCAACCUGGUCAUGUUUGUCACAGUUGGCGUUCUUGGAUUGCUCAUUCCAAUGUACCUCAUGCUACUGAAUAGGCGGCACACUAAGAGGAGAGAAGAGCUGGGGAAACAAAGCAAUAUCAUCGACGAAUCUAUGGUGCGAAGGAAGGAUAUGCAAGGGAGCAAAACUCUCGAAAUUGAGCAGAACGAGCAGGUAAUUAGGAACAUCGAGGAGGAUAACGGCCUGAAUGAUCUUCCGGAUCUGAAAAAUGAGGACUUCAUUUAUGUGUAUUAAAUCUGCUGGAGAUGACUACAUACCUGAUGGAGAUAUACCUACCUACGUACCUACGCAGUAAUGUUUAGAUCCUUCAUAUGAUUUAGCCUUCUGGAGUGAGUGAAAGGGGAAGAAGAUGGGGUUCGCAAUUGACCCUUUGACAUGUUGCAUUGAAAAUACAAUACAUAACCUUUUGAUGGUGUUCUAUCCACGGUAGUCAAUGAUUAUCGCUUACCAACAAGGCCCCCUUUGUCUAGGAAGGUAUUUAUAAAACCUAUUAACAAUUAUAGUUGAGCGUUAACUCUUAAAGAGAGAACAAAAGGACAACAAGCAACUUUGUAUAGGUAUAAUCCAAUUGUAUCCAAACAUUUCUUUAUAUUAACCCACAAAGAUGCGACUCCUAAAUUCGAGUAUAUCUUAUGCCCAUACCUCGAAGAGGACACGAGAAUACGCCAUAGCCUUUCCCGAAACACAUUCAUUAUAACAUUCGCAGUAUACCAGAUUAGACCGCGUGGCAGGCACCACCUUAUAUAUACUAAGGACUUCUCAUCUCAUUUUAAUAUUAACACAGCUCACUCAAGCUACAAUUCGAAA